AUGUCCUCCUCCCUCCUCCUCCUCCUUUCUCUCUUCUUCCCUUCCUCCCUCUCCGCGGUGGUGACUGCCCAAUCGUCGGUCUUGCCGUCCAACAGCUCCACUGUCUACGACAUCCUCCAGGAGUACAACCUCCCUCCCAGCAUCCUCCCCGACACCGUCAAGUCUUUCUCCGUCGCUUCCAACGGCUACUUCGUCAUCGAUCUCUACAGAGAGUGCUACGUCGACUUCAAGUACGUCGUCUACUACGCCCUGCGCGUGUCUGGCUUCCUCGGCUACGGCUCCGUCUCCAACCUCGAGGGUGUCCAGAUCCGGAGCUAUCUCAUCUGGUACGGCGUCAGCUACAUCAAGGUCGACCUCCCCUACUCCGAUUUCGUCUACAUCCAAGGGAAUCUCUCUCUGUUUCAGCGCGCCAAGAAGGUUGUCCGUUCAGCGUUCGAGAACAAGAAAGAAAGGAAGAAGGUCCAUGAGGUUGACAUCUUGAAAAAGGAUCCUGAGACUAUUCGAGAGCAAAUUGAGAAGCUGGAAAGAAUGAGCAUUCUUAUAGUCCUCUUCUUUCUAGAUUGA